GCACAAUUCUAACUCCAUAUGACCUCUUCAUUCUGAACAGGUCCACCCCAGUUGAUCGUGAAGCACCCAGAGGAUCCUCACUUUGGCGGCAAUCUUGAAAUGUUCCCAAUAAUACCUGGCCCGAAGAGAUUCACAAAACAUCCACAAGAGUAUCCGGCAUCCACACGCGCCUGGGGAGUUCAACCGAAUUAUGACGAAUAUCCUAAACUGGGCCGAUAUUCUCUGUCUAGCAUCACUAACGCGGAGUAUGCUUUGAGCGAAGUUGAAAAUGCUAAAAAAGAGGUUCAGCUUAGUCUCAAAGAAGCCGUUGAACGACGAAGGGAGGCUGAGCAACUGCGCAGGGAUGCUGAACAUGCCAAAAUAACGGCUGACGAUCGGAGAAAGGAUGUCGAACAAGGCAGGAAAGAUGCUGAGCAUGAUAAACGUAAAGCUGACGAUCGACGGAGAGAUGCGGAACAAGCGAGGAGGGAUGCUGAACGUGCUACACGUAGGGCAGAGUCAGACAAACAUGAUGCGGAUGACCGCAGACGAGCGGCGGAGCACCGUUUGCAUGAUGUUGAAUCUGCCAAGCUUGAGAUGGAGCAGCGGUGGAAGGAAGCUGAGCUUGCACGGAAGGAGGCCGAGGAACGGAGAAGGGAGGCAGAUGCCUUCGUUGCAGAUGUGAAACGGGAGUGCAGGGAGCCAUUCGUAGUCCCUGCCCUGAUGGAUGUGUUUUGGAAUGUUUCGAAAGUGACUACUCAAACUACUUCGGCAGCUAACGAGAAAACUUCUUGAUCGGGGUAGGUCCGGGGAGCGCAUUAUUCACCGGCGUUUUUUUUUUGUAUUCAUCCAAUUGGCAUUUCAUCUCCCUUGCAUUUGAGAAUUACAUAGUUUGCCUCAUCAAGUAUUUUAUUUGUAAGUAAGUUUUGUACUGCUACUAUAUAUAGGUUGUCAAUAAGAUGCUUCAGUAACAAAUCUAAUAACAAGGGAGCACUGUACAAGAUAGGAUGGGAUAGGUUAUGAAUUAUACUAGCGAGGUCUGAUUCCUGAACAACCAGUUUACCAUGUACUGUACAAUAUACAAAUUAUACAAUCAUGGAACUGUCAGAACACAUGCCUAAUCAGGGGGGGCAAUUAUGCUUAUCCAUG